ACCCGUCGCAUCGACCUGCCGCUUCCAGGUGACUGACUCUUUGUCGCUACGAACCGUCUGUUGUGCCGCUCCCCACCCAACCCUCCCCUGGACGCGCUGAGCCUACGCUUCUCGCCUCUCGCCACCAGUUCCGUGCUCGUCUCGCCUCGCCUCGCCUCGCCUCGCUCGCACCUGGUGGAAUGGACUUGCUCAUCGUUUGAGAAGCUUUUUUCUCGCGCCGGUGCCAGGGUUUAGGAGAGUUUUAAGCCAUGGAUAAGGGUUCUACACCAGCAAAGACAAAGCCCGUUCCUAAGGACUCAGAUGACGAGUCAGAGACCAGCGAUGAGGAAACCGAGGACGAGGAGCAGGCCGAGGGAGGGUCUGAGUACGAAUCUGAGAGUGACGAAAGCACCGAUACUACUAAGAAAAAGCUGACUAGUAUACUACCUACUAAGCAGCAGUCGGCCAUCAAAGCAUCUGCUCCUGGCGCUCCCGGUAGUCCUGCGAAGAGGACACGAGAGGCCAACUGGAAGAAAGACAAGGAGGAUGAGCCUCUAAUUAAGAAAAAGAAGCCCGAGGUGGCAGCCUCUGCAGCGAAAUCAGCAUCUAAGAUCUCCAUUAUUCCAUUGAUGCAAUACAGUAAAGCUCUCAUCGAAUUGUAUCGUAGAUCAAUGCCAGCAAUUACUCAGACAGAGAAGAAGAAAGAAAUUGCUUCUAAAACAGAAAGAGCCAAGUCUGCACCAAAAGAAAAACAGUCGAAAGAGUCUGCGGAGAACGAUAUGAAGAAGUCGGCGAAGAGGAAAGCUCAGAGUCCUGCCGCUAAGUCCGACAGCGCAAAGCCCACGUCGAGCAAGUCUGAUGGAGAAACACCACAGAAGACAGCUAAGCCUUCUCGACCAUGGUUGCCUGAGGAGGAAACUACCCUCUCAAAGGAACUUCAAUUGGAUCGCGUCAAUAAUGUUUACGGAAAUACUCUUCCAGCUGCUCGGGCAGACCCAUAUUGGGAGAAGCUAAUGAACAAGCUUUCGUUUAUGGACAAGUACGAUUCUAAGGAACAACGAAUCGAAAGACUUUGUGAAAAGGUUAGGCGCAUGAGAUUACGUUAUGAAGCUCUCUCACAACGCAUUCAGGCGGGUGAAACAAAUGUCUGGAAGAACGAACAUGAAGGGACGUUGUGGCGAAUCUGGCAUACCAUUUGGGGCCCAAACAAGGCCACAGCGGGGAUGCUGAAUGGUGAUGACGAUGACGAUGAAGAGGAAGAGGAGGAUGACGAGGACGAGGAAGAAGAAGAGGAAGAGGAAAUUGAGCCGACGCAGAUCAAAGGACGUCAACCUACUGCAGGUAAUGCCACUGCACAGAAGAAAGCUGUAAGCAAGAAUAACGAAACUAGUCUCAAUGGACAGCCUUCAGUGAAGGGAACUCCACCAGCAGUACCAGCAGCGCCAGUUGCGUCGGCACUUCCUGCAGAUCGUGCAACAGAAGCUACCGUCGCGGCAGAAAAACAAUCCUCAGCCUCAAAAGCUGUUCCAGUUAAGGAACCUGCUCCCACUGCAAUGGAAGUGGAUUUGAACACGUCUGGAAAAGACAAUUCAAAUCGAGGUGCAACGCCCAAUGGUCACGUAGUAACUCCUCCGGCUGAGCAAUCAGCUAAAGUAGUCCUUAGUGAUGAGUUACGGGCGGAGAAUCUUGCAUUCUUACGAGAUAUGAGGAGCACCUGCAUAAAGAUGGUCGAGGAAGCCAGGACUCAAAGCUUAGUCAUAUCUGAGAAGAUGCUAGUAGAAACUCGUGCCAAGACUACUCAAAUAGUUGAGGAGGCUAGGGAGAAGAGUUCCCAGAUUAUGGAAGAAUUGCGCUUGGUUGCGGAGAGACUUGGAGCAGUUGCUGGACAGGGUGGACGGAUGAAAGGUUCAGGAAUGGGAAGCUGGACUGACUUUCCUGAGACCUCGUUUCCAGCCCGGAAUCUUCUUUGGUUACCUUUGGGAGAGCAGAAUCCACUGGAGGACAAGUGGCAUGAACAAAGCGAAGCUGAACAAGUCCUGCUUCUGAAGAGGUUGCAGCUUGUACAAGAACAGGCACGAAUUCAGCAAGAAAGCAUCCGGUUAAAGAUUAGUCUACAAACUCAACAGAGCAAAGAAAAGUAGCUUUUUCUUUUAUUGCUUUUUUUCAUUUGAGAUCCAAAUGUACGGCUCCAUCCCUUGGUUCAUCGAAGCGAGCCUUAUUAAAUUUGGAUCUAUAUAUCCUGCAUAUUUUUCUGGUUUGUGUGAUACUAAGAGCAAAAAGCAGCAGGCUUAUAAUUAUUUUUAACGCCUCAGCUCUGAUCUCCAAAAAUGGGGCAUUGUCGAUGCUUUCUGUUGUUAUUAACGAGUUGCAGCUUUGAUAUUUGACCACUAAUGUGCCUCAGCGGGCCUCAUUACGUUGGUCACCAUCAA